GCGCUGUGUGGCCGCACACGCUCGCGCACCCGCGCGCACACACACACAUACACACACACACCCCACAUCCGCACGCCGCACUCCGAGCAGGGCAGCGGCGGCAGCGCGCGUCCUGCCGGCAGCUGCCGCCCGGGACGGGACGGCCCGGCCCGGCCCCGCUCCGCUGCGAACAAGAUUACAACAGUCAAGUGACACUAAAAGGUGGAAGAUACAAAACAAGCAAAAAAGAUGUUCUUUUACACAAUACCCAGGCAAUAAUGUUGUCCCUGCUACUCAUGUUCAUACGGCUUCGUACUCGCUUGAAACAUAGAUAAACCUGAGUGCUGUGGCUACCAGCAGGAUGGAGCAGGCAAUCAGACUUUGUUUAACCACCGACUUGGUUGUGCCUGUGUGGUUCUUCUUGGGCAAAGCUUCCUAAAGAACUUUGCAAAGGAAAGAUAUUAAAGCAAAGUCCAGGAGUAAGAUGGAAUCCUCAGUGCCGUCAAAGUGAUUUCUUGCAUGUCCUGGUCUGACUCCAGAUUGUACCAGACUCCAGAAGUUUAGAUUAGUUUCAGCUGGAAUGAAGAGACAUAAGUGUCCCUACAAAUGUCCCACAAGAAAGAAGAUUCUCAUCCUGUGUUGUACUGGGUGGCUGCUUGCACUGCUGAAGCUCCUACAUGUUGAAAGACUCUUUUUUCCACAUAAGGGCAUUUAUUUGGUUGAACACUUCUUAAGCACUUCUUCUUAUGUUAGAAACAGGUAUUCCAAUCUCAGAAAUGACUUCCAUUAUGAAAUUAAUUGUUCAUCUAUAUAUGAACAAGAUCCAGGUGAAAUUGGUAAGAGUUUAGAGAUCAGAAGAAAAGAUAUAAUUGAUUUAGAUGACGAAGACAUUGUAGCAAUAACAAGUGAUUGCCAUCUGUAUCGUACACUUAGGAAAUACCACCUAAAACCUGUUUCUCCAGAGGAAGAGAAUUUUCCAUUAGCCUAUUCUUUAGUUGUUCAUAAAGAUGCAAUAAUGGUAGAAAGGCUUAUACAUUCACUGUAUGGCCGUCAAAAUAUAUACUGCAUCCAUUAUGACCAAAAAGCAGCAAAAAGUUUCAAAUCUGCUAUGAACAAUCUAGCUAAAUGUUUCCCCAAUAUUUUCAUUGCAUCAAAAUUGGAAACAGUGGAGUAUGCACAUAUUUCAAGGCUGCAAGCAGAUUUCAAUUGUCUGUCUGAUUUGAUGGACUCUUCAGUUCGCUGGAAGUAUGUUAUUAAUUUGUGUGGCCAAGAUUUCCCUUUGAGGUCGAAUUUCCAGUUGGUCGCUGAACUGAAAAAACUCAGUGGGGGAAAUAUGCUGGAAACUAUAAAGCCAAGCAGUAGCAAAAGAGAACGGUUUACUUAUCACUAUGAACUUACGAAAGUGCCUUACGAAUACAUGCAGAUGCCUGUGAAAACCAACAUUUCCAAGAAUCCACCACCCCAUAAUAUUGAGGUUUUUGUAGGCAGUGCCUAUUUUGUUUUAAGUCGAGCAUUUAUUCAAUAUACUCUUGAAAGCUCUCUCGCAAAAGAUUUUUUUGAUUGGUCAAGGGAUACUUACUCUCCAGAUGAACAUUUCUGGGCCACUCUUGCACGUGUUCCUGGGGUCCCUGGGGAAAUCCCAAGGUCGGCACAGGAUAUAACAGAUUUACAAAGCAAAACUCGUUUGGUGAAAUGGAAUUAUCUUGAAGACCAUUUGUAUCCCCCAUGCACGGGUACCCACCUUCGCAGUGUGUGCAUCUAUGGGGCUGCAGAAUUAAGGUGGCUUAUGAAUUAUGGGCAUUGGUUUGCCAAUAAAUUUGACUCUAAAGUAGACCCUGUCUUAAUAAAAUGCUUGGCAGAAAAACUGGCAGAACAACAGAAAGAGUGGGUUCACUUAUCCUCUGAUAGCUAUUUUCUGCACAGAAGUUCUGUGAAUGUCUCACUAUAGCAGCACUGUAAUCCCUACUGCCAGUACUGCGUACUGUUACAGCACAGGGCUGAAGCUCCUCUGCCUUGACCUACUGCAGGAUGCUAACAAAUUAAAUGUUCAUAAAUGUUCAUUCUGCAUAAAGUUCAGGGCUCUGGAGAAUCAGAUACCUGGUCAUUUAUUUAUGAAAAAUCAUGCCUUUCUCAUUAAUUAUUCUCUAACUUGCUACAAUAAUCAUGUAAUUGUUCUUCAAGGGGAUUUUUAAAGGAUAAGGUUUGCUUUCGGAGGCUCUAGCACUAUCUGCUGUAACGGAAUAUUUCAGAAAUGUGUUUCACAUUGAGUUUAUUUACAUCUUUCCUAAGAAACUCCAACAUGUCUGUUUGCUGGUCCCCUUUUUCUUCACUUCUGUUUUCCUUAAAGGUUUGAAACAAAGACCUCUAUAUCUGCUGCCACAGGAAAACUGGCAGAGCCCAGCUGCCAGACAAAACUAAAAGAGAAAAGUAUGAGAACAAAUGAGCCAUGUGGCCUGACUUAGAGAUCUGAAGUCCCAAGCUCCCCAUUUGUGGGAGCUAGCAAAGGUCUUUGCAAUGUGAAUAUGACUGGAUGAUAUAAGGGAAGAAAAUUUCUUAGGUACUACACUACAAGUAGCAUUGUUCUCUCUUACCCACUCAUCUCUGCAUUUAGUUUUUCCCUCUUUGAAGUUUGUGUUGAGAUGCUGUGCUAUACCUAUGAAAUUGAUGGUGAUUGCUUGAAGCAGUAUUACAUACUGAAAUCCUUUCAAAGCAGUAUGCUCCUAAGUGCGGUUUCUAGAGCCCCUUAAAGUAGAAGUCCACACCAGAUGUCUGUCUUCAUUUCUGUCUCUCAGUAGAAAUAUCCUCCUGUGAAAUCCCAGUCAUUUUCAAGACAGUAUAUUUACACACAGUGGAUGACAAGUGCUAUUUCUAAUUAGCAUUUAGCAGUGUGGUGCUAUGCUGAAAUGUAAAACAUGUUAAAUCCAGAAGUAAUCAUAAAAAUAGCCAUAUUGCAGAAAUGAAGACCCUGUACAGAAGUGGCUUUCUCUACAAGCCCUACAGCCUUGUGCUGCCACGAUUCCAAGCUGCUCUGUGCCUGACCAAGCCCUGGUUCAGCUUUAGAGUAAUUGUAUAUCAAACAGCCUGUGCUUCCAGGGGCCCCUGCCAGCCCUCCUGGGAGCUAAGCAGUCCUGCAGCUUUCUCACUGCUAUGCUAUGUCCUUUUCCAUUUUGGAGGGGUUCUCUGGAACGUUGUUCUGCAAAAAGUUCAGUUUUGAUGGUUUCAGGGGACCCUGGGAUCUAGCUUACUCAAUGCUGCCGUACCAUUUCUAAGCAUCUGGCUUUUAUUAGAGGGCCUCCUCUCACAAAUGUCUUUGGAAUAUCUGAUUUUAUUUAUUCGCAAACUGCCACAAUAAUGAUCAGCUGUACCUAUGAGAAGUCUUUUUUUCUUAUUUGAGUUGAAAGAACCAAGGACAAUGCAAGUAAGAUUUUGGUCUCAACUUUUAUUUAUACAUUUAAUCACAGUUUAGUCUUCUGUGGCUUGAGAAUGGCUUUGAGAGUCAGGAGUCAUGGGCCUUUUCCCCCAUUUCUGACACUGAUUUCCUAUGAGACCCCAGCAAGCCAUUUAACUUCUUUGUUUCAGCUGUUCCAGUAGUAAAAUGGGAGCAACAAUGACCGAGCUUCUUCUUAAGCACUUAGAAACCGAUGGAUGAUGUCUGUUGUGGGUUAGUUGUACAGUAUUAAUUGCUUAUCAAAACUAUUUAUGAAGUCUGUGAAUGCAUAGGUCAAAUAUUUCUUUGAUGUACUGUUUCUCAAAUAAAUGGGGAUUAUUUUUAAA